AUGCCAACCAUCUGCAAGCCUCUCGUUGGCGUGGCUUCCACGUCUCCCUUAACGCCCUCCGCGAUAGCGCGCGCGCUUGCUCCGCGGGUCCUUUACCCGCGAACCCCUACCACCAUUGCCGGCGCUGUCACCGCCGCUGCCAACGCCCUCGCGUUAUCAUCUAACAGAGGAAACCAGUUCAUAUCCAACAAAUCAUCCCAGUGCGCACUACAAGCUGACUACACCUUCCCGUGUCUCUCUUUUCUUCAAACCGGAUACCGUCACUUCCGAUCGCGUCGCGCGUGCGCCGUAGCGCCAGAAGCUACUGCGCACUCUUCGCGUCCCUCCUCCCCUGCUGCAGCCAUGGCACCCCCGACAAUCAUCUCCGACGCCCGUCCCCCCGAAGGAGUUAACCUAUCAGACGAAAUUCCCGCGACCGUGCCGCCACACUCAGCAAAUGCCGAACCAAUCGUUUGCGACCAACCCCAGGAUUCAAGUCCGGGGACCUCUGCGCCGUUCAAGAAACAGCGCGUCGCUGGCGCCGCGUCUGAUGCGCCAGACGGCGGCGGCCCCGUCCCCGCGGGUGCAGACGGCCCCAACGCAACGGCCGCUGCAACAUCCGCCGCAGCUGCAGCCGCCCCCGCUGCGGCAGUGAGUACACCAGCCGGUGUACCAACCUCCGCACCAGCCGCAGCCAUCCCCGCGUACGUGCCGCCGCCGCACGUGGAGGCGGCGUGGGCGCACUUCCGGCGGCUGGGGUCUCCGCGGCUGCUGGUGGCGCCGAUGGUGGACCAAUCGGAGCUGCCGUUCCGCCGACUCUGCGCCAAGUACGGCGCGCAGGGCGCGUACACGCCGAUGUUCCACAGCCGUCUGUUCGUGGAGGAUCACAAGUACCGGCGGGAAUUCACCACGUGCUCGGAGGAUCGCCCUCUCUUCGUGCAGUUCUGCGCCAACAACCCCGACACUCUAGUGAAGGCCGCAUCUCUCGUCGCGGCAGAUUGUGACUAUGUCGAUAUUAACUUCGGCUGCCCGCAGCGCAUCGCGCGUCGCGGCCGCUACGGCGCGUUCCUCAUGGACGACCUCCCGCUAGUCGAGUCCCUCGUCUCCGCGCUCUCCGCCGCGCGCCUCCCCGCGCCCGUCUCCUGCAAGAUCCGCAUCUUCCCGGACCUCGCGCGCACCAUCGCGUACGCGCGCAUGCUGGAGGCCGCGGGGUGCUACCUGCUCGCCGUGCACGGGCGCACGCGCGAGCAGAAGGACGGGAAGAAGGUGCGCGCGGAUUGGGAGAUGAUCCGGCGCGUGAAGGAGUCGGUGUCAAUUCCGGUGAUUGCGAAUGGGAAUAUUAGGGAUCUGGCGGACGUGGUAGAGUGUUUGGAAGCGACAGGGUGUGAUGGGGUGCUCAGUGCUGAGAGCUUGCUGGAGAAUCCAGCGUUGUUUGGAGGAGAGAAACUCAAUAAGGAGUACAAGCUGACUGUGCCGUGGCUACUGGAUCUGGUGGGGCAGCUGAGGGCAUGUGAGAAAGGAGAAGUAGGGGCAGAGAGAGCAGGGGCCGGGGCUGCUGCUGGUGGCAUUGAUGCUGUUGCUGGAGAUGUUGCAGGGGCUCCUGGUAAUUGUGCACCAGAUGCAAGCCAUGCGAAUGGACGGGCAGUAGCUGUGGCAGGGCUUUAA